CUCUCUCCCAUACUACUCAACUACCUUGGCAGUCUGGAAAGGUCCCAAUCUACUUCAAGUUGCAAAUACUGUCUCAGUUCUCAAGAAAGAGCUGUGCUUCACAGGCUGGUGCUCUUAAGGUUGGGCUCAGGAUGCUGCUGCUGGAAGCUGCAGAGCUUUGUCUGUUGAAGUGAGAUGCCUUGGAGUCAGCUGGAAGAUACCUCCUUUCUGCACAGAAAACAAGAAACCCCUCUGCCUGAAUCUUGCUGCUGAAUAGGCUGGCUGGAUUAGUGUUCGCCUUGAUAUCUUUUUCUCUCAGUAUGAAAGAUGCAGUGACAAUGGAGUUAAGCUGCUCUGAAGUACCUCUUUAUGUAAGUCCUACAACACUAGGCUUCUGCCUGGAGAGUUGCUUUCUUUCGGGUAACAGCUCAUUCAAAAUCAGGAUGAAUGAAACUGAAGUCCAUUCUCUGUUUUUCUGAGACUGGAGGAUGUUGAAUGUUGCUGUCUGAUGACAGCACAUGUAAAAGUGGUAGUUUCCAGUAGUGCAGUUCAGCUCUCUGAAGGAAGUCUUAAAUUAUUUCUCUUUUGUGAUAAUUAUUUUAUUCUCCUUCAGUAUUCUCAAUUGCAAUUUUCAAAAUCAGUUUUACUGCCUGUGAAGAGACACCUCUCAUUUGCUUUCCCACAAUUUUUUGUUGUUUUUUUCCUUACAAAAUUCCAAACUACCAUUCUCUCAGUUUCCACAAAGCAGGAAAUUUUGUGUUAUGUAAAAAAAUAAGUUGAGAUUUAUAAUGAAAUGGAUUUUUUUCUGCAAAACAAUAAUUGCUUAGUUGCUUAAAAUAGAUGUAAAAUAGAAAUAAUUGCUUAAAAUAGAUGAACUACAAGUUAAAAAACAAGUAGUCGUGUGACUGACGACCUACAUUAGAUAACUUAAAUUUUUUUUGUGCCUUCAGGGAGAUGUGAUUGUGAGUAAUAAAUCUUGGGAACUCUUAACAGUUAUUAUUUAAACAAGUUACUGUGUUUUUUUAUACCUGUUCUGCUUUGCAAUGAGGGUAGCAGGGGUACAUGGAUGAUGCCUAGUGGAAAAAUGAGAGAACAGUGAAUGGUUUUCAAAAGGGUGGCAAAAGAUAAAACAAAGAAACAAAGAAACAAAACAAUUAUCUUAUCAUAAUUGAAGUGCCUUUGCAGUGUGUUUGGGAAAAUCAAAGAGUUCUGAGUGUCCUGAAAAAGUCCAUGAGUAAGGGCAGUUUUCUCCUUUAGUUAGAUCCAGUUAUUCCAUAAGUUCUGGAAACGCCUUCCAAGUAUUUCUGCUUUAUUUAAGUGACUUUGUUGGAAAACACAAUCAAAUCAGCAUUUAAGUUAAACAUGAAGGCCCUUUCUGAUUGUUCAGUUCCUUUGUCAGUUUUUAUUAAGCAGUUCUUUGACAAGCUGAGCUUGUCUAAAUACUGUUCCAUCUCCAUCACCUGAAUGUUGCUGCCAUGUUCCAUAAGCAGGGAUAGAGAAAACAUCUCUGGAAAACUGAGGAAACAAGACAAAUAUUUGCCCUGCUGUGAAUUUAGGUAUCUGUCUGAUGUGUUCCAGUCCCUUCUAAAAGGCCACAGUGGAACUACAGAAUACCAUGUCAUGGCAAUUGCACACUGUUCACAUGUGACUUCAAAUAUGUCAGCGUACGGUUCUAACACAUUGUUUUCCACAAGAAAAGUGAAAGAGAUCAAAAGGUAGGAAGUAAUAUUUUCCUUCCAGCUUCUGUGAAAGCAUAGGUUUUGUUCAUUGAGGGAGGGAGAGAUCUGCUGUAUGUUGGGUCCAAAAUUAGGAUUCUUUUCACACUGUGUGUAAACAUGCUUAGCAUCUAUAUCCACUGGGUUUUACCCUCUUCUUUGUGGUAAGGAUGCCUGUUUUGAGAGGUUUGCAUUUCAUGCCACACUGAGAAUAACUGCAGUUUUGUGUUUAUAAUACACAUUUUUGAAGAUUAUAUGUAGGAUAUUUUGUUGAUUCACUCUAUGUGAGCAGCUGUUAACACAGCUGGAGCAUGUGUCCAUACAGUGUGGCUUCUUCAAACUGUCACACUUCAGCAUGAAAUGUGGCACUGAAUUACUGAAUUUCUUGGCAAAUUUAAACUAGUAUGUGUAAUCUUGUUGGUCUAGUGAUGGCUGUUCUGUUUUGUUACCUAAGAGGGAAUGCUUUCCAAAAGCUCAAGGAUCUUGCUGAUUUGAUAUAAUUUUUGUGAAACAUCAUUUAAGAAUACUCUAUGCAAUUCCUCUAUUGUGAAAAUGCAUUAUUUAAUACACUUCUUCUCUAUUUAAUUUUGGUGGCAGAAGUACAUUAAAAUCUAAUUACAGCAGACAUCGGUGCCAUGAUUUAAAAAAAAAAGGUAAUGAAACAGAAAAUCAAGCAUUUGAAGCACAUUUCCUCAGUUAAUUUGAAGAGCUUGUUUCUGCCUUCUAGGCAGCAAAUUAUUGUUAACCACUCUAUAAAGUUACUCUUUACAAGCCAAUCUAGUGUUCAGGACUGAGGACACUGACAUAGUUCAUAGUUCAUCAUUUUUUAAUGCUAAUAAUUCAUCAUUUAAGUAUAUAGAACUUGAAUGUAAGUAGCUUUUGCCCUCCUAAAUUAUGCUUUUUUUAAACCAAUACAAAUAAAAAUAUAUUUAGCCAAUUCUAUCUGUAAGAGGAGCAGCAAGCUGAGUUUUUAAUUUCAUUGUACGCAUAAGACACAAUGUGGAAUAAAACCUCACUAUCUUCUGGAAGACACUGGUCUCAUUGUAGAUGGAAAAAAGGCUAUUCAUGAACAAUGAAAGAUAAAAGCAAAAUAUUUGAUGAAGCACUCUUCAGAUAUUAAAGAAUUUAUGUAUGUCCGUUGUUCCUCCUAUUGUAAGCAGUUUUUAGUGUGGAGAAACAAAUCUCCCUCAUGGAAAAGCAUUCCUUCUUAUUUAAUGGCAAGUAACUGGGUUUUGUUAGUUUUAAAUAAAUGUUAUUGAUUACCAACUUUGAUCUUUGAUAUUGGCAAAGAAAUACCUUACUGCCAUGGGGCAAACAUACUGUGGAAGUAGUGAGCUCCCAAGAGCAGUAAAUAAGUGUUCUCAGCAGUUUGUAAAUUAUUUUCUGCUGGGGGCCUUAGGAAUGUUUCCCAUGGGAGCGGGAGAGAUAAAUAAAUAAAUAAAUAAAUAAAUGCUGAGCCACAGGGGCUACUUCCAGCAAUUUUGUGGAGCCACCAAAGGGACCUCAUCUCCCCAGGAGAUGGUGCUGAAGGGUAUGUAUCUGUCUUUCCAAAGGAACUUUUGGAAUUCUCUGUGAAGAGGCAGAAGAACAGGCUCCUGCCUUCAAGACUCAAGAUCUUCUGGAAAUUAGAACUUUCAUUUGCUCUUGUGCUGCAAGGUGCUUACUAUUCUCAAAAUGUACACUCCUAAGGUAUCGCAUGUUCCUGUGUAACCACUGGAGCUGGCUUGAAGUCCUCAAGGUUUAAGCUUAAUUACCUUCUCUUGUGUUCUGUUAUACAAAGUCAUCCUCUUAAGGUGCCCCUGCUCCAAUGUUUUUACUUGGGGACAGUUUUGUUUCUGACACUAUUACAUCUUCCUGGGUGAAGCAUAGGUGCUAAGGAGAGAGAGGUGCUUAAUACUGAUGUAUGGAAGUAUUCCUACAGGGAAGUUUUGGAGGGGUUCUUGGCUGGGUUGGGGAGGGCAGAGAGUAGGAUGUGGCACCAGGCUGCUUGCAGCUACAGUGUCUGAGGAGACUCUCAGACUUUGGGUAAGCUCAGUGAUGAUCUUAGCCUGGGCUGGGUCUGCAGAGUGCCAAGCUCUAUUCCAGCAUGAUUUUGUGUGAUUUGGGUGGGAAGCGGCAGUAGGACUUAGGUAUUGAUUGUGAGUAGGUGAUUGUCUCCCUUGCCCAAGCUGUCUGCCUUCCCAGUUCCUCCAUGCUGUAGUUGAUGUUUGAAGAAGGGUGGAAAGGGAUGAUUUUCCAUGGUUGGAUACAGCUUGUGUAUUUGCUGCUCUUGCCAGGUAGUCGGUAUCUUCUAGCCAGCCCUUUGUGGAAAGAUGGUUUCUGGCCUGUCUUGCCCAUUCUGUGCUUUCACAUUCUUUGCUUGCAGUGGGUCUGGCCCUAAUUCUGGGCCUAUCUGUGUGUUCAGUGAGGCUGAAAUGACUGCCUUACUUAGACUUCAAAACACAAAAAGUAAGUGUGGUUUAAAAUGUGAAUUUGUAUUGGCCUUUCAGCAUACCUUUGCUAAUGCACAGAGCUGUGUUGCAUGGAGCUGAUCCAGCUCUGGCUGGAGUCAGGAGCAAUUUGCUGUUGUCUGCUCUGGGAGCCUGGUCAGGUCCAUCAUAGAACGCCUGCAUGGGGAUGCACAAAAGAGUAUGCAAAGGCUGGCCUCUGGAUGCAGGCUUGCUGCCAGAAUGAGACUGAGAAAAUGUAUUUGAAAGUAUGGGACCUGUUUUAAAAAAUAUGAAAGAAUACAAUGGGUGCUUCAAAAGGUGUCCAUCAGCAGGCAGAUAAUUUUUGUUCCACUGGUGUAUUAAUUUUUUUCCCCUCAGUCCUUAAACUGAGAUUUUUCUGGGCAGGGACUUUGUGCUUACAUGUUUUUGUGUAGUGUCUGCAGCAGUAGAGCCCUGAUAUUACAUAGGACAUGAGAAUAAUAACUGGUCUGAUUUGUAUAUUUUAAACCAAGUCAACUGAAAGAGAUUACUCCUUUUCUUUUAGUCAGCAGUUGCAUGUCGGAAGGGAAGUUAAUUUUCUUAUUGCAGAAAUUUUCUGACCUAUGUUAAUAUCUCUUUCUUGAGCUUCCUAAUUCCACCAUAUUACUUCAUGCAUGAACAUAAGUUGUGUCCCUGACAGCAAAACACUGAAUGAUAUUUUCAAUGAUAGAUGAGCAAGAACAAUAAUGUAUGUUUAAGCAGUGGGUUUAAAUUUUUUUCUAUUUCUUCUGCUUUCUCCCCUCUCCUUUCUGAUGAAAGCAUUCCAGAUAUUUUUAUUUUUAUCCAGUGUUUCCAGAAUGAAAAGAUAUUCCAUUUAUUUAUUUAUUUAUUACUUAUUUAUGUUAUGUUGUUACCAAAUAGGACUCUGAAAAUUUUUCUCCAACUUUGCUGCUGUCUCAGUUUGAUAAUUAGCUAAACACAGCUUUAAGACUGGUGGUGGCAAGGUAAGGAAAAUAAAGUCAGUUUGAUGUAAAGUGCUGAUUUGCUGUAGACCUGUGCUGCAGUCCAGACUGUUUAAAAACACUGGUAGAUUAAUUCUGCAUGAAUGGUCAGUUCCAUGACUGUCUCUUAUACUGCUGCUGACAUAGAGCAGCCGUAAAGACCACAAAGCCAGCAAAAGCUCUGUAUCGUAUGCUCUCACUGAUGCCUUAGGAUUUUAGCUUUAAUAUUUUUCAUGUAUUUGUAAUCCUGCAAUUCUUUAGUGUAUAACUCUAAACUCCAUAUAGAGUGCUAUUUAGUGCUUUCCCAUUUUGAUCAGAAAAAACAAUUCCUCUCCAGGCCUGGGGAUCAAGGGUUCCUCACUGUCUCAGGCCCUGAGAAAUGUGGACAAAAUGUGGACGAAAUGUAGACAAUUACAGCUGCAAGUAAUGAAGUCAAUGCUGGGCAAAUGGGGGUGGGAGCAAACUUGGGGUAAACGACUUCAUUACUUGCAGCUGUAAUUGGAAGAUUAACCCCCCCCAAAAUGCAAACAGACCAAACAUAUAAGUACAAAAACCCAUGACCCAUUGUCCUCUUUCGGGAGGCCUUGUCUGCCCUAGAUGUACCUGAGGGCCCUUCAAUAAAUAGAAUUAUUUUUGUUCCCUUAAUUUUUUCUGGUCUCUGUUUUUAGGUAUCUCCAGCAGACACCAUCACUAAUUCAGCAAAAAUGAGGCUGUGUUCCCAGAGUCUGACAUGGGUCAGAGUAUUAAUUCAAAUGAAGUUGAGACAGUGGAAGGUCCAAAAAUGCCCUGCAGUACAACACGCUUUGUAGAAGAGCACAGACACUCUACCCUUGAUGUUCUUAGGAAAUUGAAGUCUGCCCCUACUUUCUUUGCUGCAACCAGACUUUCUCCCAUGCUGAGUGGAAGUGAUGAAGUAUAUGCAAACUGCAUGGUAGUAGACCAAGCUGGAGACUUAAAGCCUAACUACAUUCAUGGAGUUGGUGUCAGCAGUGAAAUGUGUGUGAACUCUACCAACUCAGUCCCGAUGGAUACGAGCUCUUCGUCUCCCUCCCUUGAGGAGAAUGAUCAAUUUAUGUAUCUCCCAAAUGAAGAACGUCAAAGGCCAGUAAAGAGAGAAGAAAACACUUUAUUAAGACAUGGCAUUUCAUCUUCUCAUCUGUAUGUAGCAGAUUCAUAUCUUCCAUUCAAGACCCAUGGAUUUAUUAAGGAUCGGGGCCAACUUUAUGCUGACAUGAAAAGAAGAAGUUCAAGUCUUGAUGACCUUGAAGUAGACAAUGGAAGUGGAGGUGUGUCGGACAGAUCCCAUGUUCACUACCGUCCCCUCAGCUCUUCAGAGGCCAUGGCUUCUAGCAGAGAUGGAUUGGACUUAACUACCAGUCUGCAGCCCAAGGAAUGCACAGUGUUUGGAGUUCGGUCACGCUCCUAUUCCUACUCCUCAUCCAAAGGUGUGGUGGGAAGACCUCGCAUUCCUCGUGAUUUUGGAGCUGGGGAUUCAAAUGGAGAGUGCGCGUACAGCCUGCCCGAGCAGUGCCGGGAGCAAAGGUACGGGUGUGUGUCACGGAGAGCCGGCAGCAGGAUACAGGAAGAAGGAUGGAAUAAAUAUGUUGUACCCUCAAAAAAUGAGUCUGAAAAAUAUAAAGUGAGUCGGACUUUCAGCUUUCUGAUGAACAGGAUGACCAGCACACGGAAUAAAGGCAAGACAAAAAGUAAAGAUACCAAAGAUAAGGAGAAACCAACCAGGCACAAUUUUACAAAUGGGACUUUCCCAGGAGUUAUCCCAUGUAUGGUUUGUGAAAAGGCCCUCCUAGGAAAGGAGUCACUGCAGUGUUCUUAUUGCAGUGUGAUUGUGCAUAAAAGCUGCAAGGAGUGCGCUCCUGUGUGCACCAAGAAAUCCCAGGAGAAAUACCAUAGUAGAAACAAGGUCCAAGUUGGUGUAACAAAUUCCCUGCCUGGAGACAUUUCACAGAUCGUGCUGGCCUCAGUGCAUCCUUCUUUCUCAGUGCCUAUUGGACUGUCUCCUGGAAAGAGAGAAGCCUCACAACAGCCCUACCUCUUGUCCAAAAGUGUCCCCAGUGCCAGUUUGGAAAGAAGAGUUACACAAUUUUCUGGACAAGACUCUGAGACUAGCACCUGGAAGUCCAAGUCACAGUCUGAAGAGAUGUUACAAGCAUUAGGGACCUUUUCUUCAAUGGAUGCUUUUAUGAUGGAAGAUGAUGUGGAUUUGUCUCAGUGGACUGAUCUCUGCACAGAUGCAGAAGAGUUUGAGGCAGACUCCUGGAGUCUUGUUGUGGAUCCAAUGUUCUGUAGCAAGCAAGAAAAGGAUGUCGUCAAGCGGCAGGAUGUCAUAUUUGAGCUGAUGCAAACAGAAGUACAUCACAUCCAUACCCUGUUCAUUAUGUCUGAAAUAUUCAGGAAGGGGAUGAAGGAAGAACUGCAGCUUGACCACAGCGUAGUGGACAGAAUAUUCCCCUGCUUAGAUGAGCUACUGGAGGUGCACAGGCAAUUCUUCUGCAGAAUGAAGGACAGGCGGCAGGAAUCAUGUACAGCAGGGAAUGAGCGUAAUUUUGUCAUCAGCAGAAUUGGAGACAUCCUUGUGCAGCAGUUUUCAGAGGAAAAUGCAACUAAAAUGGAGAAAAUAUACGGAGAGUUUUGUAGCCAUCAGAAAGAAGCUGUUAAUCUCUUCAAAGAGCUGCAACAAAACAAGAAGUUCCAGAAUUUUAUUAAACUGAGAAAUAGCAACCUGUUGGCACGACGCCGAGGAAUCCCUGAAUGCAUUUUGCUCGUCACCCAGCGAAUCACCAAAUACCCUGUUCUGGUUGAAAGGAUAUUGCAAUACUCAAAAGAAGGAACAGAAGAACAUAAAGACUUGUGCAAAGCCCUUCGUCUAAUUAAGGAUAUAAUAGCAACAGUAGAUUUGAAAGUGAAUGAGUAUGAGAAAAAGCAAAAGCUGUUGGAAAUUCUCUGUAGAACUGAAAACAAAACAUACACAAAGCUGAAAAAUGGCCAUGUUUUUAGGAAGCAAGACUUGAUGAGGAAAGAGAGGAUCCUUCUUCAUGAAGGCUUAGUGUAUUGGAAGACAGCGACUGGUCGGUUCAAAGACACCUUAGCUCUGCUUCUCACUGAUGUACUACUGUUCUUACAAGAAAAGGAUCAAAAAUACAUCUUUGCAGCUGUUGACCAGAAGCCCUCAGUUAUCUCCCUUCAGAAGCUCAUUGUAAGAGAGGUAGCCAAUGAAGAAAGGGGGAUGUUUCUGAUCAGUGCUUCAUCUGUGGGGCCUGAGAUGUAUGAGGUUCAUACCAGCUCCAAAGAAGAACGUAACAAUUGGAUGAGGCAUAUUCAAGAGGCAGUGGAAAGUUGUCCAGAGGAAGAAGAAGAAGUAAAAAUGAGUGAAUCUGAUGAGGACAGACGUAUUGCUGAGGCCAAGGCAUACAGAAUUCAGAAAUAUCAAGAAUCACUGAGUAACCAGGACCAGCAAAUCUGCAGUUAUUUAGAAGAAAAGUUGCGUAUUUAUGCAGAACUGGGAGAUAUGUGUGGGUUUGAUGAUGUCCAUUUAGAACCUCACCUACUUAUCAAACCUGAUUCCAGAGAAACUCCACAGGCUGCUUCACUGCUGGCAGCAGCACUCAGAGAAGUUGAAAGUCUCCACACCGCUGUAACAACGUCACAAGUGUGUGAAACAGACAGAUCACCUGAGGAAAGUACUGAGGAAUUAAGUGUGAAGCAUAGAUUUGCUACCAAUGAAAUACUGGAAUCUGUUCUGGGUGAUGCAGAAAGAAAAGAAACUGAAGAAUCACCAGAAAUUGAUCUCAGUGUUGAAAAGGAAAUGGCAGGUGAUCUUGAGGAUAAGGGAGCAAAUAUGAAUUUUUCAGAAUCUACAGGGACAGAGAUUGUACAAGCAAUCCAGAACUUAACCCGUCUCUUAUACAGCAUGCAGGCAGCACUGGCUAUCCAGGACAGCCACAAAGAGCUCCAUAGGUUACUACUGCAAGAGAAUGAGAAGACCAGUCGGAGUCACGGUUCUCGGCUGAACCUCAUUUUGGAACAAGAGAAAUGUCAGAAUCUGGAAAAACAAAGGGUGCAACUGGCCAGCAUAGACAAAACGAGGCAGCAGUUCCAGCAGGAGCAGCAGCGGUGGCUGCGAGAAUGCGACCAGCGGCAGCGGGAGCAGGAGGCGAGGGCGGGCCGGCUGCAGCAGCGGGAGCGGGAGUGCCGGGCCCAGAAAGAGCAGCUGGAGCAGAGCCGGCAGAGACUGGCGCUGCAGCUGCACGAGUACCAGCAGAGUCUGGAGAGGCUCCGGGAGGGCCAGAAAAUGGUGGAGAGGGAAAGAGACAAUGUGAAAAUGCAGAAGAAACUCGUGUGGCACUGGAAACAUGGUCAGCAAAACGACCUGUUUUCACACACAGGAGACUAUGAGAUAAUGGGACAUAAUCAAUUGGACAGCUUACAUGGUGAAAAUGCAUUCUACUUCAAUGAAGCUGUAGUGUGUGUGUCUCUAAGAAGAAUCAACAGAUCAAAUUCUUCUCUCGUUUAUGAGGACGGUGUGUAUGGGAUGAAUAUCUCAAAUUCUGAUGUAGCAGGGACUAGUGAAAAUCAGAUGGACCUCAAAAUGGACACUUCUUGUCAGCCAGCAUUAACUAGUGCACAGUGGAAAUCCACUAGUCCUUACCAGCAGAUGUCUUUUUCCUGCAAAAGCAACAAGGAUUCCUUCAAAAAUGAUCUUAGCACAUCAGAGACCCACGGUUCCCAGAAAAGUGUUCCAAACCAUGGAUCCAUCCAGUCACCACAGGUAGAUGAACUGCUGCUGAACCACCAGCCUGAGAGCCUGCAGGAUGCAGAGAGUGGAGCCAGAGUAGAGGAAAAGAUUGUUUACCUCUGAUAACUUGUUUUCUAAUCUCAGUAGCACUUUGGAAAGACAACUGUAUUUGCUUUUCUAAAUUUCUGUAAUUGUUCUCUGUAUGACCAUCUGGCUUUAAGGGUAGUAUUUAAUAGUAAAUGCAAAAUUUUCCCCGUGAUAAAUAUAGCAAGUAAGUUAUUUUGAAGGCAUUGUUGUAUAAUCUUUAAUUUAUGACAUGAUUUCAAAUGCUUUGCAAGAAGCAAUGAGUAGCAGGGGAGACACCAAGGACUGUGAAAGCUAGUGUAGAUUUUCUUGAGUCCUCUUCUUACAAGCAUGAGCUAAGAGAGAUGGGUCUGCUACUUGAGAUUUCAGUGUAUAUCAGUAACAGCUGUGAUAUAACAUGAGAAGACAGCAAUGUAACAAUGAUGGCUCAAAUCUAUGCUGAAAUGUGCUAUAUACCCUUAGCUGGUGGGUCAUUUUCCUUAUCUUCUAGCUCAGGAACUGCUCAGAAGGGGAUGUUUUUUAUGGUCUGAGCAUAAUUGCAUAAUUGUAAGUGUUUUCUCAUGUCCUAGGGCUUAUUACUAUUUUGAUACUACUGCCAAUUUCUGUGCAGAGAUGCACUAAAUCAGUUAUUGUGUUAUAACUGUUCCUCAUUUCAGUAAGUGUCCUUACACGUUAAAAUUUACCAGAUGAAACUAUCUCACUGGUCAAAAGAAAAGAAAGGGGAUAAAUAGUAGGCUUCAGUUAACUAAACUCUUCUGAAACUCCACUGCUUUCCUAUGUAGAAAUCAGAUAAAGUUCUGCUUUCAGAUUCCUGGGAUUCUCUAUCUCUGUCUGUAGUCUGUACAGGCAAUAAGAAACCUGUCUUGUGCCUUUUUGUGCCUUUUUGUCUUUCUGAAAAAUUCAUACACUUCUGUCAAACUAAAUAAAUGUUAUGUGCAUUUCUA